AUUUUAACAGGACAAAAACGUGGAUCUUGUUUCCAGAAGAUGGCGACUGCCGUGGUGGUGUCAGCUUCAGUUCCUGCAGAUCCUGAAAAAGAGAAAUCUGAAAUGGCUGUUGAAAAGGUCAUCAGUCCUGACCCCUGCAUCAAACAUCCGUUACAGAACAGGUGGGCUCUUUGGUUUUUCAAGAAUGACAAAAGCAAAACAUGGCAGGCCAACCUUCGUCUCAUCUCCAAAUUUGACGCUGUUGAGGACUUUUGGGCAUUAUACAAUCACAUCCAGCUAUCGAGUAACUUGAUGUCUGGCUGUGAUUACUCACUAUUUAAGGAUGGGAUCGAACCCAUGUGGGAGGAUAACAGGAACCGACGAGGAGGCCGCUGGCUCAUAACGCUGUCCAAGCAGCAGCGGAAAUCAGACCUGGACCGGUUCUGGUUGGAGACGCUCUUGUGUCUCGUGGGGGAAGCGUUUGAUGACUCCAGUGAUGAUGUUUGCGGCGCCGUCAUCAACGUCCGAGCCAAAGGAGACAAGAUAGCGAUAUGGACCACGGACUGUGAGAACAAGGAUGCCAUCACACACAUAGGGCGAGUGUAUAAAGAGAGAUUAGGCGUCCCGACAAAAGUGAUCAUCGGUUACCAGUCGCACGCAGACACGGCCACCAAGAGCAGCUCCAGCACCAAGAACAAGUUUGUUGCCUGAGGACCUGCACAUUUACUUUGCCAAGUUUUCUUUGUUUGUAUGUUUGUUUUCUCUUCACCAUUGUUAGAAAAGACUUAUUCUUUUGUAUAUAAAUAUAUAUUUUUGAAUUUUUUUUUUGAAUAUAACAUACAUGAUAAUCCACCUAAAAAGAAAAUGCAUUUAAAAUGGAGAUAAAGUUUCUUGUUUUGUUUUGGCACUCUACCAAAGCUUUUGUUUGUGGUGAGACCAUGUGCAAUUAAAGAUGUAGCACUUGUA